UACGUAGCCCUUUUAUAAGCUUCCCCCAGCACCUCGCGACUUGUGUUGUUCGUGUACAAGCGCGGUCUUGGAGACUUCCAGAACCCAAGAAUUCAAUCUCUCUAUCCCUCUCGCUCCUGCUGUUCCGAUCGCUCUGAAAGGUUCUUCUAUUUUUUGACAGACCGAUUGUUUUUGACAUAUCGGUUCAACCUAUUGCAAGAUGAGCGUAGUUGGUUUUGAUUUUGGUAAUGAGAGUUGCAUUGUAGCUGUUGCAAGGCAGCGGGGUAUUGAUGUUGUUCUCAACGAUGAAUCCAAGCGGGAAACUCCAGCUAUUGUUAGCUUUGGUGACAAGCAGCGUUUUAUUGGGACAGCUGGGGCAGCAUCAAUUAUGAUGAACAUCAAGAAUUCAGUCUCUCAGAUGAAGAGGUUGAUUGGCCGAAAAUUCUCUGACCCUGGAUUGCAAAAGGAUCUCCAUUCGUUGCCAUUUUCAGUAACUGAGGGGCCCGAUGGGUUUCCUUUAGUUCAUGUGCGUUACCUGGGAGAAGUAAAAACAUUUACACCUACCCAGGUGUUGGGGAUGUUAUUUUCGAAUCUGAAAGGCAUUGCUGAGAGCAAUCUCAAUGCAGCAGUGGUUGAUUGCUGCAUUGGAAUCCCAGUUUAUUUCACCGAUCUUCAGAGAAGGGCUGUAUUGGAUGCAGCUACAAUUGCAGGGCUGCAUCCACUUCGCUUAAUACAUGAAACUACUGCUACAGCCUUGGCUUAUGGUAUUUAUAAAACUGAUUUGCCUGAAAGUGACCAGUUGAAUGUGGCAUUUGUUGAUAUUGGACAUGCAAGCAUGCAAGUGUGCAUUGCAGGCUUUAAGAAGGGGCAGUUGAAAGUGUUGGCCCAUUCAUUUGAUCAGUCUCUUGGUGGCAGAGACUUUGAUGAGGUAUUAUUUCAUCACUUUGCAGAAAAGUUCAAGGAUGAGUACAAAAUUGAUGUUCUUCAGAAUGCAAGGGCUUGUCUAAGGCUUCGGAUUGCUUGUGAGAAGCUUAAGAAAGUCCUUAGUGCGAACCCUGUGGCACCUUUAAACAUAGAAUGUUUGAUGGAUGAGAAGGAUGUGAGGGGAAUGAUUAAGCGGGAGGAAUUUGAACAAAUAAGUAUUCCAAUUUUAGAACGUGUGAAAGGACCUUUGGAGCAAGCUCUUGCAGAAGCUGGUCUUACCGUUGAUAAUGUCCACAUUGUUGAAGUCGUUGGUUCAGGUUCUCGUGUCCCUGCUAUAAUCAAAAUAUUGACUGAGUUCUUCAAAAAGGAGCCUAGGCGUACUAUGAAUGCAAGCGAAUGUGUUGCUAGAGGUUGUGCCCUUCAGUGUGCGAUCCUAAGUCCCACAUUCAAAGUGCGAGAAUUUCAGGUAAAUGAGAACUUUCCAUUUUCCUUAGCGCUCUCGUGGAAAGGUGCUGCUUCAGAUACUCAAAAUGGAGCAGUGGACAAUCAGCAGAUCACUGUUGUUUUCCCCAAGGGGAAUCCCAUACCCAGUGUCAAGGCUCUUACAUUUUAUAGGUCAGGCACAUUUAGCGUCGAUGUACAUUAUACCGAUUCUGACCAGCAAGCAAAAAUCAGCACAUACACGAUUGGUCCUUUCCAAUCUUCAAAAGGUGGAAGGGCAAAAGUGAAGGUGAAGGUUCGACUUAAUUUGCACGGAAUUGUUUCUGUUGAAUCAGCAACACUGUUAGAAGAGGAGGAAGUAGAGGUUCCAGUCACCAAAGAACAGUCACCUAAAAUGGAUACUGAUGAAGCACCUGCUGAUGCUGGUGCCGCUCCCAGUUCUAAUGAGAACGAUGUUAACAUGCAAGAUGCCAAGGGAACCACAGAUACCGGAGGUGAAAACGGCAGUGCAGAGUCAGGAGACCAAGCUGUGCAGAUGGAGACAGAUGCCAAGGUUGAAGCACCGAAGAAGAAGGUAAAGAAAACCAACAUCCCCGUGGUCGAAUUGGUUUAUGGUGGACUGGCAUCAGCUGAUGUUCAAAAGGCAGUGGAAAAGGAGUUUGAAAUGGCUUUACAGGAUCGGGUGAUGGAGGAAACCAAAGAGAAGAAAAAUGCUGUUGAGGCAUAUGUCUAUGAAAUGAGAAACAAGUUGCAUGAUAAAUACCAGGACUUCGUCACUGAUUCACAGAGAGAGGAGCUUUCUGCUAAACUUCAGGAGGUUGAGGAUUGGCUGUAUGAAGAUGGUGAGGAUGAGACAAAGGGAGUCUACAUAGCGAAGCUUGAGGAGUUGAAGAAACAAGGUGACCCAAUAGAGGAGCGUUACAAAGAGUUCACGGAGAGAGGAACUGUGAUCGAUCAACUUGUUUACUGCAUCAAUAGUUAUAGAGAAGCGGCAGUGUCAGCUGAUCCUAAAUUCGACCACAUCGACAUGUCUGAGAAACAGAAGGUCUUGAAUGAGUGUGUGGAAGCAGAGGCCUGGUUAAGAGAGAAAAAGCAGCACCAAGACUCGCUUCCAAAGCAUGCUACGCCAGUCCUCUUUUCUGCUGAUGUGAGAAAGAAAGCUGAAACACUUGACAGGUUUUGUAGACCAAUAAUGACGAAACCUAAGCCAGCUGCUCCUGAGACACCUCCUCCGGCUCCUCAGGGCAGUGAGCAGCAACAGGGAGCCAGUGCUGCUUCUAACGCUAGCGCAGGCCCGAAUGGGAAGGCAGCCGAUGAAGCUGAGGUGUCCUCAGCUUCUACAGAGCCAAUGGAGACCGAAAAACCAGAUUCUACAAGUGCUGCUUAAUCUGGAGAGUGCCUACUUUAUAAAUUUAUAACGAACUGUUAUUCGAGCUUAAAACGAAAUCUCGACGAGGUGAUGAACAACAAUGGAAGGCUGGCCUUGUAUUUGACUUGUGAAAUCACUUGUGAAGCAUUUUGUAUUUGGUGUUUUUGCUAGGGUUUUCUUUUAUUGUUGGAGCUAGUCUUCACCAAUCCGUUUUUCAAAAGGAAUUUUUUCAUAGAACAUGUUUAUGCUUAUCAAUGGCCUUCCGGUGUGGAAGCUCAUACUCUCAUCUCAUCUUUUCUGCGCUACGUUCUCUACACUAUUUUGAACUCCAGAAGAUUAUUAAAUUGAUAAUUUUUGUUCAUUUUCUU